AUGGAAAAAUUAGAACACCUAAAGAUUCCACUUCAGAAGAUAAGAGAAGCCACAAGCAACUUUGACAAAAAACAUUUCAUUGCCGAUGGUGCAUUUGGGAGUGUGUAUAAGGGGGUACUCUCAUGGUCUAAUAGUAAAAUCACCRUUGCUGUGAAGAGAUUAGAUCCUAAAUCUAAUCAAGGGGAUCAUGAAUUCUUGAUGGAAAUUACGAUGCUUUCAAGUUACAAACAUAAAAAUCUUGUCUCUCUUGUUGGUUUUUGUGACGAGGAAAAGGAAAAGGUACUUGUAUAUGUGCAUGAGAGCAAGGGAAGCCUUAACAAUUAUAUAUGUGACCUAAAUCUCACCUGGAAACAGCGACUCCAAAUAAGCAUUGGCGCUGCCCGCGGUUUAAAUUAUCUUCAUAAUGAUGUAGGACCACAACAUCGAGUCCUACAUCGAGACAUAAAGAGUGCAAACAUUCUACUAAACGAUGAAUGGGAAGCAAAAGUAUCUGAUUUGGGAUUAUCUAAAAUAAGUCCUGCACAUUUACAAUACACUUUUCUCGCUACCAAUGCUUGUGGUACAUUCGGCUAUAUGGAUCCAGUAUAUUAUAGGAGUGGAAUUCUAACAAAGGAAUCAGAUGUAUAUUCAUUUGGGGUGGUACUAUUUGAAAUCAUGUGUGGGAGGAUGGCACAUGAAGUUGGAAAAAUGUUUCUAGGUCCAUUGGCUGAAACUCGGUAUGAAGAGAACAAAUUGGAUGAGAUCAUUAAUUCCGAUUUGAGGAAGCAAAUGAAGUUGAAUGCUCUUAACACAUUCUCAGCUAUUGCAUAUCAAUGCUUGAAAAAUAAUCGAAGUGAACGUCCAACAAUGGCUCAAGUCAUUGAAAAACUUGAGAAUGCAUUUGAAAUUCAGGUUUCCUUCAAAACACCCGAAAUUGCAAGGGUUGGAACAUGGGGAAAUAAAGAUAUUGGAGAUUCCCAAAAUCAUUGGGAUUUCUUACUUGAAAAAGAUCAUAAGCUAAAGAUGAUAACUGUUGAUCAUGGUGAUCUUAUAUACUCUCUCACAUUCACUACUGAAUCAAAGGGUGUUUUGUAUACUUCUAACAAGGCUGGUGGUUGGAACGGUGGAGACACAGUUUCUAAGGUUAUGCUUGAAGACGACGAAGAAAUAAUUGACAUUAAUGGGACAGUUGGAGUAUCAAAGGGGCAAUAUAGUG